GACAUAUUUGUUAUAUUUCCAAAAUAUAACCUUAUACCUAUCGCUAAAGUUUCAAUUUAAAUUUUUACAAAAAGAUAAAGAUUUGUUUGAUAUUAAAAUAUUUAAAACACCUUAGGUAUGUCCAAAAUAGUUCCAUUAAUAAAUUUGAUAUCAACUAGAUGCAUUACUGUCUCCGCUCCUAGGGAAGGAAAGAGAAAUUUUAGGAAAUUUCUUACUCCCAACAAAAGAGGCUCCAAAUUCCACAAAUUGCGACAAAUGGGGCCCAAUCGCGAGCUACCGAUAGAUAAACGAGGUGUACGUGAUACGGGAUAUGAAUUAGAUGGAAAAUUUGUAUCUGUACCAGAAAUGAUUCCUGAACUAAUUGUACCUGACCUAAAAGAUUGCACUUUUAAACCAUAUGUCUCAUAUAAAACUGAAGAUGUCGUCCAAAGUGAAUUUACAUCUCAACAACUGUUUGAUGCAGUGUACAGUAAAAAGAUUGUUAUGGACUUUAAGCAAGGUAAAUUGGAUGAAAACGACCUACCCAUUGAACCAUCAGAGGAAGAGAAAUUACAGCCUGAUGAAGCUGUUGUCAGAGCGAAGAGAACUGGUUCUGAUAUAUUUUAGUUGUGAUUAUAGAUAUCAUAUUACUAUAGUAAAAUACAUAGUGUAGGAUGUA